AUGCGAUCAACCAUGCGCGCAACCUGGCAUUUCCAGUAAUCUCUGGUCGUAGCGGAGCAGUUUACGCUAACCCUGUUUUAUAAUAGCGUCGUUUGUCGUCGACCACGUUACUUUCUUUGAUUGACAUCCGGCGUCGUCCUUGCUGAAUUAUUCGAACUUUACUCUGCUCCUAACCUCGCAUUUGGCAGAUGAGACAUGUUUGGUCUUAGUGGGCUGGCAGCUAAAAACGUACAAACUAAAACGCGUUUUACCUCGCUGGAGAACAUCUCUUUGAGCUUAGUUAUGGCACUUCUUUGCAGCAAACAACGUUGAAAACGACAUUUGGCGUGACGCAAGAAGCUAGCUUGCCUUGCUAGCUUGCCUAGCUAGCUGGCGGAGUGCUAGCAUAGAGCAUCAUAUCGUUGCUAAAAUACAACACGACAUAAAGUGUGCCAGAUGUAUGCAGUGUGACACUAAGUUCGAUUUCAUAAGAAGAAAGCAUCACUGUCGGCGGUGUGGCCGAUGUUUCUGUGACAAGUGCUGCAACAAGAAGGUGGCACUGCCCCGCAUGUGCUUUGUUGACCCGGUGAGACAGUGUACCGACUGCGGCCUGCUUUCACAAAAGGAGAGCGACUUCUACGACAAGCAGCUCAAAGUGCUCCUGACAGGAAGCAACUUUGUCGUCACUCUGGGAACCUCAAACAAGUCUGAAACCAUGAUGUGUCGCCUCGCCAACAACCACAGGUACAUGUUCCUGGAUGGGGAAAGCCACUUUGAAGUGGAGUUGUGUCGUAUCUCCAGCAUGCAGAUUCUAACCGAUGGGAUGAGUCCAGGAGAAAAUGACAUUCACACUUACACCAGCCUGCUGGACGGUCAGUGUGCUGACGAAGGCUCGCCAACGCGGGCCAGUGGCAUGCUCGUCCACUACAAGCCGAUUGGCUCCCAGGAUCUUCAGGAGCUUCACUUGGAGGCGGCGGAUGACAAGAAGGUGGCGGCGCUAUGGCUGGCCGCCAUGCACAAGGCGGCCAAGCUGCUGUAUGAAGCGAGGGUCCAGUGAGACGACGUCCAGUCAGGCAGCGCACACACCAGACCGAGCCGUCUCUGUCCCGCCUUCUUGGUGGUUCUCCGUCGUGGUCCGCAUCAAUCUGGUGUCUGGUCUCGCAUGUUGACAGCAGAAGUUGUCACAGCCCAAAGUUUUUAAAUCGCUGUGGACACAACCUUGUACGCUUCCUCCAACAUAUUAGACACUUGAGCACAGUCCACCAGGGUGUCUCCUGAUCUGGUAAGAACCUCAGCAGGACAUCCGCUGCUUUUACUGGCUGCUUUACACGAAAACCUUCUCUUUCAUGAAGAAAAAGGCCAGAAAGCGAGCUCUUGACACAAACUAUUUACAUUUAGUCGGUGUCGGUCUUCCACAUGGAGCUCAUACCUGUCCACCAGUUUCCCACCCAUAUCUUAACAAUCAUGGGGAAAAAAACCUGGUACUGGCCGUCCAGUCCUCUCGGCAACACUUGGGGAAAUGGACCAGAAUCUCCCUAAUUUGAGUUCCCUCAUUUUUCACAAAAUCUCCCUUCUUUUCAAAUGCAAACACUGACGGGCUUCCUCGGUUCUUGUAGGGUGGCGGGGGGGUGUCCAAACGUUCUCCACUUGAGGGCCAGAUGGAAGCAUGUGGUGGCUAAAAGUGGUGGAAAACAUGCUAAUAGUAGUUUCAUGCAUUCUCUAGUCCGCUACUCCCAGGACUGGUUGCCAGCCAUUUGCAGGCCGCACACAGACAAACAAGCAUUCAUGCUCACGUUCAUGCCUGUGGGGGGAGACGCCGUACCUGAGAAAGCACUGGAACGCAUGGGGAGAACAUGCUACGACCCCGUGGUAAAAAGUACAAAUAAUCUCAUAAAAUAUAUUGGUAUGAUGGCUUCUUGCUCUCAGUUUUUAAUAUGGCGUGGUCCUAAUCCCUUCUCCAGUCUCCGAUAUGGGCUGUGUUCCUGGAAAGGCCCCCAAGCUACACUUUGGACACCCCUGUUUUAGUUCUAGGGUGUUCUACACCUUUUCAUAUACUAGUUAGUAAAUGACUCCAGGUCCAGAUGAAGUCAAGCGGUUCAUCUCAGAUCCUUCCAGUCCAGCGGUGAAUGGCAUUGUGGGUAAUGUAGGCCACAGGGUGAUACAGGUGAUAUAAGAACACCAGCCAUGCCGUCUUGUGGACUUUUGGACCUUUGUAAACGACUCGUUGAAGAUUUAUAAAAGCUAUUUUGUUCAUCGUGAGUGGAGUACUCACACUGACGUCUUCUAACGUCUUAACGAGCGUCAUUAAACCUUCCACAACGCCCAUUUGUGUCUUGGUAACUAUUCGGGACAACAGGAUGGGCACAAAAAGCACCUAUUUUGUAUUUUACACCAGUUUUGUAUUUAAUGGCAUAAUUGAUGGGUGCUCAGUGGGAUACGUAGUGCUCGUCUACCGCCUUGCAUUUCUACUUUUCUAUGAAGUGAUUUGUCCAUCAGUAAUACAUUCCUGCUGUCUUCUGAGAAGAUGCACACUCUUUGACAUUUACCGGAUGAAGCGUUUUACAUUUUAAUUAGCAUUAAUGAAGAUGGAGGAAAAUCUUGCAUAACAUUAACGUGAAUGUUGACAAAACAUGCAGCUGCUACACGUGUAAACAAACUUGGCUUCCUAUCACCAUAUGUUUAUUUUUCUAAGCAAAUCACCUCACAGAGUUUUUCAUUGGGGUGGCCAAGGUGAGACUAUUACUGGCCAGUGGGGGGGUCCACCACUGCGUGAAAAAUGUCCAAUUGGGUUCAUGUAUGGGCAAUAAAUAAAAGCUUUGUGUUUCUUGCUUGAAUGGAUGUGAUGUCUUUUGGCCAUAAUUCUGUAAUUAUAUUGUAAUGACCUGAUUAUAAUGCCAGAUCUCAUUAGGGAA